ACAUCUAUUCAAUGCCUGGUAUAAAAAGGAAAAUUGGGGGACAAAAUACAUUUCCCCUUAUCACAUACAUAGAAGUAAAACAUAGCAGCAAGGUGCUAUAAAAGCUGGCCAUUCUAAGUGCCGAGAGGACUUCUCAAUGGCAUUUCCCUGUCCUAAAGGGACUAUUGAGAACCACAUUGCUACAAAUGAAAAGACAGAGUUAAUGAAAAGCUCAUUCUCAGCCAUUUAGGUUGGAAAAGCAAAAUGAAAAUCUGGGGUGGAAUGACUCUAGACUCAGUUUAUUUUCUUUACAUUCAAAAAUUGUGCAUUAGGGAUCUUCCCAAGCCAAGUGCUUUUAGUAUGUUUUAGACCAGCUCCCAUCUCCCAGCUAUACUGAGAUGAUGGAAAUUGUAGCACAACCCUACUGGAAAAGCUGUAUUCUCUGAUCUUCCCAGUUACCUCUUCAUUUCUUAAAUGCCCCUCCAGGCAAUUAUGUUCCUAGCUACAUGCUUGUUCUCAGAACCAGAUAAUGGCUUUAAUUAUUUGAAAGCAGUCUGUUCCAGAGAAGCAUGCCAAAAUUAGUAAUUUGUAAUAAAUUGGACUUCAGGUUUGGGGUUGGGCAGGCAAGGGAGUCACAGGUUUAGGAUCUAUGUAGGAGAUCAUAGUCUGUAAUCUGUAAUCAAGCAAACUUUAAUAAAACAUAAUGUUUGUUUUAUGAUCUAGCAAGAUUCAGAGGUGGGAGGUUGUUACUGUUAACAGAAAGGAAGGUGAUGAAUUGGAGUGAGUACAUGAACAUCUUAUUUGCAUUCUUUCUCAAAUGUUUAAUGUUCAUUUGCUUAUUCCACCUUUAAUAUCUAUGUCAGCCUUGGGGAAAUGGAAAAGUGGGUAUUGGGUGUUAAAUUCAGCUCUGUGUCUCAAAGUUUUAUUGUUACUAUCUGCAGCAUUGUCUUGCUAAUAUUGAUUACAGAUAGGGUUAGAUAUUGCUACAGAUAGGGGUCAAAGGGUUGGAGGGCAGACAGGUAGUGCAUUAGGUUUACUGGAGAGCUUGAAGUUGGGGAGAACAGAAAAGGAUUAAUUGGGGCUUUGAAGGCAGUGCAAACCUGAUACAAGCAAGGAUUGUAAAAAAUAAAAUACCAUGUGACUAGAAAACCUCUGUAUCUAUUUCUACAAAUUUUGGAUGAGUCAUUACAUAAUAAUCUAAUGUUCUUGCAAAUUACACCCCAUUGAUAAAACAAAACAAAAAACUUAACAAAUUUAAAAAAAUUAGGCACUAUUAAGUGUUUAACAUUUUUUCCCAUCCCAGAUAAUAUUCACACUCAAGAAUUGGAGGUGAGUUGAGACAAGCAAGUCCUUAGACCUACAGAAAACAAAUCAGGCUAUCUCCUGAGGAGCUGCAUUUGAAAUAGAUUAAGCCGGGGUUCUCCAAAGUGAAGAAUUCAGUCGACUUGCUGUUUCUGUAUUCUUGGACUUGGGAAUGUGAAGACUUGGUAAGUGAUGGAUGAAGAAAAAGACAACACCAGCAAAGAGAAAUAUCAUCAGAGUAAAGAAGCUCUUGGUAUGGAUCCUGAGACAAGAAAUGAGUUUCACUGGUGGCCCAUUUCAGCGCUGGAGAAUGAUGCAGGCAAAUCCAUGGAGGUUGAGGAGAACCAGGAUCCGACACACCCUGCCUUCAGGUCCAAGGACAGACUGGUUUUGUAUCAUUGGACCCAAUCGUUCAGCUCACAGAAGGUCCGUUUGGUCAUUGCAGAAAAAGGAUUACCUUGUGAAGAACGAGAUGUGAGCAUGCCAUUGACUGAGCACAAAGAACCUUGGUUUAUGCGCCUCAAUCUUGGGGAAGAGGUACCUGUCAUCAUCCAUGGAGACAAUAUCAUCAGUGACUACAAUCAGAUAAUUGACUACAUGGAGAAAACCUUCACAGGAGAGCACAUCGUCCAGCUAGUUCCUGAGAAUGGAAGCCUCCUUCAUUCACGAGUGAUGCAGUAUAGAGAACUCCUAGAUUCCUUGCCCAUGGAUGCCUACACUCAUGGGUGUAUUCUUCACCCAGAACUCACCACAGACUCCAUGAUUCCAAAGUAUGCUACAGCCGAGAUUCGCAGACAUUUAGUUAACGCCAGCUCAGAUCUGAUGAAGUUGGAUCAUGAUGAUGAUGCACAAUUAACAGAACCAUAUCUUUCCAAACAGAAGAAACUUAUGGCCAAAAUUCUGGAGCAUGACAAUGUGAACUAUCUGAAGAAAAUCCUGGGUGAGCUGGGAAUGGUGCUAGAUCAGAUUGAGGCUGAACUGGAGAAGAGAAAAAUUGAAUAUCAAGGGCAGAAGUGUGACCUCUGGCUUUGCGGAUGCGUGUUCACCUUGGCCGAUGUUUUGCUGGGAGCCACACUACAUCGCCUUAAGUUUCUAGGACUCUCUAAGAAAUACUGGGAAGAUGGCAGCAGACCCAACCUACAGAACUUCUUUGAAAGGAUACAAAAACGUUUUGCCUUCAGGAAAGUCCUGGGGGACAUCCAUACUACCCUCCUCUCAGCAGUGGUACCCAAUGCAUUCAGGCUGGUCAAACGGAAACCUCCAUCCUUUUUUGGGGCCUCCUUCCUCAUGGGAUCUCUUGGGGGAAUGGGAUAUUUUGCUUAUUGGUAUCUGAAGAAAAAAUACAUCUAGUGCUGACUGUUCUGAUAUUUAGUUUGAUGUCUCUGUGCUGUGUGAAACUAUGAUGAAUCUUCAAUAACUAUAAUGAAAUUUGAAACCAAUAACUAUAUUGUUAAUGUAACAUUCCAUAGUUUAGAAGUAGGAAACCUAUACUGCAAGGAAGCAAGUCUACAGAAAUAUUCAACUUGUACAAUGCCUUUUUUAGGUGUCAGUAUUAUAAAUCUAUAAAUGGCAGGGUGUGUUUAUACCCCCUAUGGAACAAAAUAGCCUUUUAGCACAGUCAAGCACCACCAGGAAAUAACUAGCAAAUGAAUUACAAAAUUAAGAGAUGGCAUUCUCUGUGGCACUUCUAAAGUUUUCCCCAAGUUUUUCAGUCACAUAGCACGUGUAUUUCCCUUAUAGAUGCAAAUAACAAGGACUUUUCUAAGAGCUGUUGUUGUGUGGUGAUUUUAAAAAAAGGAUUAAAAAACAGAAAUAGAACGGAUGCAGUCAGUUCGAUCACAAUAGUUUGUGAAGUUUGGGCAUAAGGUGAUAAUGAGUUAUUUGUCUUUCUCUUUGUAUUUUCAAUUUGAUUGAAUCAAGUUUUUUUUAAUUAACUUGUGUUUAGAAUAUAAUUCACUUAAUUUUUUUUUACAAUUUUUAAUUGUAUCUUAUAGCUUUCUCUGAU